AUGUCCACUCUGACAAUGCCACCUCGUUCAAAGAAUACUGUGGAAAAGCCACGCUUUGAACUGCCCGCACUGAAUCUCAAUUUUGGCAAUAUCACAGACGGUACCAACAUACCACCACCGCUGCCGUCGCCAAAGACGCCAACGCCGCCGCGAACCCCCCCCGCGCUCGAUGCCAAAGACGCUCAGGUUCAUGGCACAGCCGGUGUCAACAAAGCCAAUGGUAUCCAAUCUAGCACCUGCGAUCCUGAAGAGUCUGGUCCGCUGAGCCCAGACCAUUCCCUCCGACAGGGCGCGCUCCGGCGUAUAUUAAGCAAACGCACCUUGAAUAACACAGCUGCAGAAAGCCAGAUGCCGGACAGCCAAAGCGCGCCAGUGCUGGGCGGUCUCGACCGGCCGCAGAGCCGUGGUGGAUUUAGUUUGCUGGCCGACCGAAAAUUGAAGCGCAACAGCGGCUGGUUUAAGAUGUUUCGAAACAGUGACCAACCGUCAUCGUCGAGACGCUCAAGCUUUCUCUUUGGUGGAAGCUCAAACAAUUUGCCCGUGACGAAGCAUUCCGAGCCUCCAGCACCAAUGAUCCCCGAGCUACGAGAGCUGGAAAAGGACGACGGAAGUCUUGGCACUGACAUUUUUCAAAACAUAAAAUAA